ACUGUGCUAAGCAUAUUAUUGUAGGAGUUUUUAUACAAACUAUUUUUUGCUAUUGUUUACAAUUUUCAAAUAAUAAGCGUUUCAAUAUUUUGUAAAUAGUAUAAUUAAGCCAUCAAAAUUGCUUUCUACUCAAAAUAUAACGGAAAUAUAUCGAGCAUGGCUAAGCCAGUACUGUAUUCGUACUGGCGAAGCUCAUGCUCGUGGCGUGUCCGGAUUGCUCUCAAUCUCAAGGAGAUACCUUAUGAUAUAAAGGCUGUUAGCUUGAUCAAAGGUGGUGGGGAACAACACUGCAAUGAGUAUCGAGAAGUCAAUCCUAUGGAGCAAGUACCAUCCCUAUGUAUUGAUGGCCAUACUUUGGUAGAAUCUUUAAGCAUAAUGCAUUAUUUGGAAGAAACUAGACCUCAAAGACCUCUGAUGCCUCAAGACUGUUUUAAACGUGCUAAAGUACGAGAAAUAUGUGAAGUUAUAUCUUCAGGCAUUCAGCCUCUACAGAAUCUGAUAGUUUUGAUACAUGUAGGAGAAGAAAAAAAGAAAGAAUGGGCCCAGCACUGGAUCACAAGGGGUUUUAGGGCUGUAGAGAAGCUGCUUUCCUCUUCUGCUGGCAAAUACUGUGUGGGUGAUGACAUAACACUAGCUGAUUGCUGUUUGGUACCACAAGUCUUUAAUGCUAGAAGAUUUCACGUCGACCUGCGACCGUUCCCCAUAAUCCUUCGCAUCGAUCGCGAAUUAGAAAAUCACCCUGCAUUUCGCGCGGCCCACCCGUCGGCUCAACCCGACUGCCCACCCGAAGUCGCUAAAUGAAUGAAUGUACGAUUGACCCUCAAAGACUUCUACGUAUACUACUAGACAAUCUGGGUACUGGAAAAUUACUUGCUAAGGUUGACAGAACACAUCGUUUAGUCGACUGUAUUGCCGUCUCGCUUACUCCUUAUGACGGUAACGCGCCCAUGCCCGCCCGCUCAUACUGUGUCACAAUUUGAGUUCAGAAAAGCUUGUGUAGUAGUAUACAUAGAAUUCUUUGUUGAGCACCCCUAUUCUCAUUUGAAACAAUUCAUUGCACUUUAUAUGCCAAUAAAGCGUUCGAUCUAUCGCCACUUUCUUAUCUUUAAUGGAGAGUCGAAUAAAAGCACGAUAAAGUACUAAAUGGCCAUACUUCUCAAAUUGUAAGCCUUAAUCAGCUCGUAAUUAAGUGUAAAAUUGAUUGCAGAAAUUCGAAUUCUGAUGUGCAACUAAUACUAAAGUAAUUUUUACUACGCGCCUCUAAAUAUAAUACAUAUAUUUCUAGGCCUAGAUUUUUUUACUAUUUUGUAAAUGUUAUUAUGCUACUAUAUAUUAUAAAAUGCUGCAUAUAUGUAAAAGACAUUCUACAUUUAAUUUGAUUACUAACGAACGACUAUUGACAACUUGAAAUAUGUUAUAGCGAUGAAGUACAUUUAAUUGUAGAGACUCAUUAUUAUGGUUAAAAGAACGAUCGCUAUUGGCUAGUAACCAAAAUCGGUUCAAUUACGAUCGCAAUCUUUGCGAAACUUCCCUGAAAUUAUUUAACAUUUGUACUAUCAUGUGAAACACGAAUGUAGAAUGUUAUUAUCAUUAUUAUAAUACUAAGUUGUAAAGAAAAAUAUUUAAUUUUAAAGUAAGAAAAUAUGGCGCUUGUUUGGGUCUCAAAGACAUGUUGCAAAACGACAACGGCACCUUAACCUGACCAAAUGUUAGGAUCUUAGAAGCAGAAGUCCCAUAUCUUCGCUUUUUGUUUUGCUUUAAGCUUAAAUGGAAUUUUAUUUUGAACCACAUCGUCAAAGGUUAUUUACACCUUCAGUAGUUGUUUUUAUCCUUAGUAAUGCAGGAUUAUUUUUCACUAAUAAAUAACAAUAAGUUUAUGCCCAGAAAUGGUGACAGGACAGAUACCUAGUUUUGAGCUAUUUGAUAGUAUUGUUAUUGUAGAUGCGUCAAUGACAUAAUUUGUCUACUUUACUUUGAUUGUGAAUAUAUAUUAAUAAUAUAUAUAUAUCAUUAUCAUUUUUCUAAUGCCGAUUUUACAUUUACUUAUAGGUAAUGAAUUGUGUUCAAAAUAGUGUAUAUCUGGAAAACAUUUCUUUAUAUUUAUAAUUUGAUAUUAUUGUUUUUUAUAUUGAGUAAGGUAUUGGUAAAUAAAGUUUACAUUUAUGUUU